GCUUUGCGGCGGGCGCCGCGCGCGCGGCGGAGCAACCUUGUCCCGCCGCCGACGCCGCCGCUGUUGCUGCUGCUGCUGCUCCCGCCGCUCCCGCCGCCGCCAUCGCCAUGCACAGGAAACAUCUUCAGGAGAUCCCCAGCUCCGGCAGCAACGUUUCGUCUGGCUUCGCCUGGGACUGGGAGUCGGGCAGGACCGCGGAGUUCCUGUCGGGCAUGGGGGUGUCGGUGCUGAAGAAGGACAGGCUGGGCAGCGAGAACACCCCGCAGGAGCUGCUAGUGGCCGCCUGCUCCCCGCAUAAGAGGCAGAAGGUGAAGGAGAAGGAGAAGGACUUCGUGAUCGUGCGCAGGCCUCGGCUGCUCCGAGAGGCAGAGCCAGGUAUUUCUUGGGAUGCACUUCCAGAUGAACUGCUGUUGGCAAUCUUUGCAUAUUUGCCCCUAAAUGAUCUGCUGAAAGUUUCCAUGAUUUGCAAGAGAUGGCAUCGUCUCUCGUUCGAUGAAUCUCUUUGGCAGACCCUUGAUCUGGCUUCUAGAAAUCUGCUGCCAGGAGUAAUUGGACAGUUGCUACCUGCAGGUGUUACUGUAUUCCGCUGCCCAAGAUCGUGUAUUGGGAAUCCACUGUUUAAAACCAUGAAACCUCUCCGAGUUCAACACAUGGAUUUGUCAAACUGCACAGUGUCUGUUGCAGAUCUCCAGAGUAUUCUUUGUCGGUGCGAAAGACUGGUGAAUCUCAGCUUGGAGGGACUAGUGCUUUCUGAUGACAUCGUCAAAAGCAUUGCUAAGAAUACCAGUUUGAUACGACUAAAUCUCUGUGGGUGCUCAGGGUUUUCUGCAGAAGGCCUGGAGUUGAUGUUGAGCAGCUGUUCUAUGUUGGAGGAACUAAACUUGUCCUGGUGUGACUUUACAGCCACCCAUGUCAAAGCAGCAGUCAAUCACGUUACUUCAAAAGUAACCCAACUAAAUUUAAGUGGAUACAGACAGAAUCUACAAAUAUCAGAUGUUAAAACCUUGGUGGAAAGAUGUCCUUCUCUCGUCCAUUUAGAUCUAAGUGACAGCGUGAUGUUGAAGCCUGAGUGCUUCCAGUAUUUUCAUCAACUCAUAUUUCUACAACAUCUGUGUCUUAGCCGAUGCUACCAAAUAUCGCCUGCUGCCUUAGUAGAACUUGGUGAAAUUCCAACAUUAAAGACUCUUCAGGUAUUUGGAAUAGUGACUGAUAGCUCCCUACAGCUCCUCAAAGAAACACUUCCUGACAUGAAGAUCAAUUGUUCACAUUUUACAACUAUUGCAAGGCCAACUGUUGGUGCUAAAAAGAACCAUGAGAUUUGGGGCAUCAAAUGCAGAUUGACAAUGAGAACCCAUAGUGGCUUAUGAUCAUGUAUGACGGAUGCGAUGGACAUACCACGUGUAGUGAAGCUCCAUGAGAAGCAGAGUGCUGGAGCACCUCUAAUUAUAGUACUGUUUUUAUAAAAUGUUCUAACUUGGUCUUAUGCCUUAAUGUAGUUUUAUAAAUAUUUUUACACUUGUUUUUUUUUUUCCUCUUAAAGCCUUUAGAAAUCUAAUGAUCUGUAAGCAAUUGUAGAAAUUUAAAAGCCUUCUUAUUUUUUAAAAAAUAAUUGUGAAACAAUCACUGUAACGAAACAGUUUCAGCCUUUGUGAACCCCUCUGUGAGCUGCAGAUUUUGAUGCAGCUUUUGUUACUCUAAGGUGUUCUAAAGGUGCUGUUUAUUAAUUCUUCCAGCUCUACAACUCCUGAAAAGACUUGCCAGAGGUACAGAAUGCCUUAGUAAGGCAUAUUAAGGAGUUCUCUUGGUCUUGUUUGCAGAACUCAAAAUUAAUAAUGAUUUUAUUAAUUACCUAUUCAAAUUCUUAAUUGAACAAGGUGUACAGUAAGAUAAGAAGCUAACCACUGUUUGUGAGGGGGACAGAAGAGUGAGUCUGGAUUCACUGAACAUGGAAACAGUAAGGGAGCAUUGGAAGGGAGGUCUACAGGAAAGCACUGAAGAGACAAGUCAGUACUGUGCAAGUAAGAAGCGGUAUAAAGGAGCUAUUGUGAAGUUUUUAACAUACCACAAAGGUAACUGCUGUUUUUAGCAUUGUAGUAAAAUAUGAAAAAUAGGAAAAUAUGGGCUGAAAAGCCCAUUCAGAAUAAUCAUCUGUAAAAGUGGCUAACAACAGUUGGUCCAUGUUGUGUUGCCAGGUUUUCCUGAUUGUGUUAGAGAACCUUUGUGUAGCUUUUCCUUGUUUCUAUGAACUUGAAUUAGGAAUGUAAUAUCAAAACUUCUUAUAAAAGUUCUGUUCUUUCAACGAAUAAUGUCAUUUGGCUGCAAUUAGUACAUUGGCAGAAAUCUUGCAGGAAGAAGGACUCAAAUGGUUCUAGAGCUCAGACCAGCAACAAAACCUGGGACUGCACUGUAGUAAUUAUGAAAGGAAGAACUCCAUUGGGUGCUAUUAAGAGACAUCUGUUUCUCUUUUAUAUUAGCUUGUUUUUAGUAUCAUUUAACUUGCUGCAUCUUCAACACUAACUGCUGGUCUUGUUUAUUUUUUGUGACAGGAAAAGCUGAAUAACUGGUGGAAAAAAAAGUUAAUAGGGACAAGCAAUUACUUUUGAUCUCUAUCAUCAGUGUCCUGCAUGAGCCUGGAAUGUGCUAGGCAUAAGGCUAAGCAUUAUUUGAAGUCCUAGAGCAAAACUUUGCACCCUGUGAGCAAAAGUAGGGGAUGAAUAUGCCAUUGCUGUUCCCAUGAACACAAUAAGCAAGUGGUAAAGUUAUUCAUGGGUGUUUGAAGUUAGUAAAAAGUUAGUGUUGAAGUAACAUUACUUUGGGGCUGUUGCAUAGGUGUAGUAUCUUCCCAUCUGAAUCCAAAGAUUAAAAGUUCAGGAGUGACUAUGCGGUAGUACAGAGCAGAUUGUGUGGAAAAUUCUACUUUUUUGGUUUGCAGUUUAAGAUUUGCGUCUUAAACAACUUCAAGAGAAAAAUUAAAUCUAUUGUAAUUCUUCUCCCUGUAUACAAUGUAAUCCUAUACAACGUGUCUUGCAUUUAAUAAAGAGCUAAAGAAUUGUGAUACUGUACAAAA